AUUUCCCACUCGCUCUUGUGGCAAUCGCAAAAUUCUGGGCGAUAACCGAUCGUACGGAAUGUAUCCUAUAACGAAAGAAAGAUUUUCAGUAUAAAAACCGAAUCAUGCAUCUCAAUAUGCAUCAUAAGCGUCUCAGCAUUGUGACAACCACCAUACACGGAUUAGAGAAAAUGGCAUUCAAAUUCGUAAUCUUCGCCGCCGUCGUGGCCGUCGCUAAUGCCAUCGUUCCAAUUGGAUACCCUGGGGCCAUUCCUGCUGGCUACCCCGCCCUCGGUGUGGGCAGGAUUGCUGCCCCUCUGGCCUACCCAGCCAUUGCCAAGGUUGCCGCUCCAGUGAUCGCCAAGGCCGUCGAUGAUUAUGAUCCAAACCCACAGUAUAGCUUCAGCUACCACAUUGCUGAUGCUCUGACCGGAGACAACAAGGAACAACAGGAAUCUCGCUCCGGAGAUGUCGUCACUGGAUCCUACUCGCUGGUCGAACCCGAUGGCACCCGCCGUGUCGUUGAAUACCACGCCGAUCCUGUCAACGGAUUCAACGCCGUCGUGAGCCGUCAGCCACUUGCCGUCAAGGCUGUGGCACCAAUUGCCGCUCCUCUGGCCUACCCAGCCGUCGCCAAGGUUGCCGCUCCAUUGGGCUACCCUGGAGCUCUCGGAUACCCAGCCUACGGAAAGGCCCUCAUCGGUUAAGCUUCGCACUAUCUCCUCAGGACCACAUAACUUCUAUCUACCUUCCUCAUCUCAUUUUCAGUCGUUAGUAUAAAUACUUACUACUCUAUUCUAUUUCUAUAAUUUCUGACUCUGACUGCUCACCCUCCUCUAUGGCUACAAAUGUGAGUUUUCUAGUUGCUUCAAGCUCAAAUGGAUUUGCGUGUAAAACUUAUAUACUUGUAAAUAGUGAAAGAAAAACUAGUGAGCUAAGAUGCUACUGGUUAGCAUCUUCUUCCAUGACUGUGUGACAAAACAAAAUGUACAGAUCAGUGUUUGGAAUGCAGGCGUUUUAUGAUGAAAUAAAUUCAAU